AUGGAGGUCCUCGACGAGAAGCAGCGACUGGCGAGCCAGAACGCCAGUCAGGAUCCGCCGCAGACGACGCUGCCGUUGCCCCGCGCGCCCCUCGACGACGACGGCAGCGAGGCCCUCGUCACCGACGGCUUCCAGCUGCCGAACCUGGACGCCGAGCCGUCGCAGGAAGAGCCCCCCGCCUAUGGCGAGAACCCAGACCAGGUCCACUUCAACCAGCCCGGGUUCGAGGCCGGUGCCGAAGUCACGGACGAUGGCCGAGUCAACAUCAACAUCAACACCAAGAACAGGCGCCUGGCCGACCUGCUCCAGCCCACCCUUGACAGCCAAAUCUCCGUGGAGCCCCAGCCCGCGCUCCCUCCCGCCUACAUCCCGCCCAGCCUCGGGGGCGAGCCCGGCAAGGCCCCUCCCCCGCGCCUCAACGUCGUCGUGCAAAUCGUCGGCUCCCGCGGCGACGUCCAGCCCUUUGUCGCCCUCGGCAAGGUCCUCAAGGACACGUACGGCCACCGCGUCCGCAUCGCCACCCACGCCACCUUUCAGACCUUUGUCGAGGACAACGGCCUCGAGUUCUUCAACAUAGGGGGCGACCCCGCCGAGCUCAUGGCCUUCAUGGUCAGGUACCCUGGCCUGAUGCCGGGCUUCGACGCGGUCAAGAGCGGCGAGGUCAGCAAGCGCAGGCGCGGGAUACAGGAGAUGCUGCUCGGCUGCUGGAGAUCUUGUAUCGAGGCUGGAGACGGUCUGGGCCCGCCGCCGAAACCGCACCCUCGGAGCGAGCCGCUUGACCUUUCGCAAGGCAUGCCUGGCGACCAGACGCAGGAGCCUUUUGUGGCUGAUGCCAUCAUUGCAAAUCCGCCCAGCUUCGCGCACAUCCACGUUGCAGAGAAGUUGGGAAUCCCGCUGCACAUGAUGUUUACUAUGCCAUGGUCUCCGACCCGGGCGUUCCCCCACCCUCUCGCCAACAUCCAGUCCUCCAACGCCGACGAUGUCAUGACCAACUACAUGACCUACACCCUCGUUGAAAUGAUGACCUGGCAGGGUCUUGGCGAUGUUAUCAACCGGUUUCGAGAAAAGGCCCUAGACCUCGCUCCGCUGUCCUUCAUCUGGGCGCCGGGCCUUCUGACCCGCCUCAAAGUCCCGUACACGUAUUGUUGGUCACCGUCGCUAAUCUCCAAACCAAACGAUUGGGGAAGGAACAUCGACAUCUCCGGCUUCUACUUCCUCAACCUUGCGUCCUCUUAUACCCCUGACCCCGAACUAGCCGCGUUUCUCGAAGCCGGUCCUCCACCCGUCUACAUCGGAUUUGGAUCAAUCGUGGUGGACGACCCAAACGCCAUGACGCGCAUGAUAUUCGACGCAAUUCACCUGGCCGGAGUUCGAGCUUUAGUGUCCAAAGGCUGGGGUGGGCUGGGUGCCGAUGAUGUUGGUCUCCCAGAGGGCGUCUUUAUGCUCGGCAACGUCCCACACGACUGGUUAUUCCAGCACGUAUCAUGUGUCGUCCACCAUGGAGGAGCUGGCACCACCGCUGCCGGUAUCAAGGCCGGAAAACCGACGCUUGUCGUUCCUUUUUUCGGCGACCAGCCCUUCUGGGGCGCCAUGAUAGCCAGAGCCAAGGCUGGGCCUGAUCCUGUUGCCUACAAGGACCUCACUGCCGAGAAGCUGGCUGAAGCAAUCAAGUUCUGUCUCCGGCCAGAGACUCUCGAGCAGGCAAAGGAGCUCGGAGAAAAGAUUCGCGAAGAGCGUGGCACCGAAGUCGGGGGUAGGAGCUUCCAUGCCCAUCUGGACAUGGACUCGCUGCGGUGUUCGGUGGCACCCAGCAGGGCGGCAGCUUGGCGUGUUAGGAGAACCAAGUUCCGACUUUCGCCCUUGGCGGCGGCUGUCCUCGUUGACGAGGGCCUGCUUCAGUACUCCGAUGUCAAGCUUUACCGGACUUUCGAGUAUAACACAGAGGACCAGCCGCCUGAUCCAAUCUCAGCCGGAGCCUGUUCGCUUGUCGGUGACCUCACCAGCAUCGGCAUGGCUGUCGCCGACAUGCCGCGGGAGAUUUUCAGGACGCGUCAGCGCGCCAGCGAGAGUCAGAGCGCCCAGUCGUCUGUUCUCGGUGGCUCCAGCAAGCAGACACUGGCCACGAGUGACACGACGUCGAGAGUCGAGUCCAACACAGACACCAACAGCAUCGCACCCAUGGUUCGCGCGCCUCCCAGCGCAAGCGCCAGUAGUGUCAACCUUCCCGAGCUCCCAACAUCUCCGAACGCGUCGCAGCAGUCUCUCCCAGAAUCGUCGCUUGUAACAACAAUCGACUCAGAGCAGAGAGGCUCCGGAGAAGGCCCCCGAGCUCGGUCGUCGAGCGGCCAGCUGCGGCAAACGUUCUCUCGCAGAGACUCGUCGCCGAUGGGAAUGAGCAUCGGAGCCGCAGUGGGCGCCGGUCGCGGCGUCGGCCGUGUCGUUUCCACAGGUGUCAAGUCGCCCAUGAACUUUUGCCUCGGCCUUGCCAAGGGUUUCAGAAACAUGCCUAGGCUGUACAACGACGAUACCAUCCGACCAAUCGAGAAAGUGACGGAUCUCAGCAGUGGAAUCAAAAUUGCUGGCAAGGAACUGGGCUACGGGUUCUUUGACGGCAUCGCUGGGAUGGUCACGCAGCCGCUUCGGGGUGCUGAAAAGGAGGGCGCGGGCGGUCUUGUCAAAGGCAUCGGCAAGGGUAUCGGGGGGCUGAUUACGAAGCCAGCAGCUGGUAUCUGGGGCGUACCGGCAUACAUGAUGCAAGGAGUGCACGCCGAACUCAACAAGCAAUUCGCAAGAAGCGUGCACAACUACAUCAUCACGUCAAGAGUUGUGCAGGGACGGCAAGACCUGGACAAGGCGACUCCCGAGGAAAGGGCGGACAUUGUCCGGCGCUGGAACAACUCCAAGUUCGACCUCAAGAACUUUUACAUCUUGAAGAGAAAGGAGAGGGUCGCGGAGAAGGCUCCAGCCGAGUCCGAGUCCGAGACCGCGUCGGUCGUUUCGCCCUUCUCCCGCCCGAAGACGAGCUGGCUCCAUACCCGCCACAUGUCUGCCGAGGACAGGAAGAAGCUGCAGGCUCAGAAGGGCCUUCUGAAGCGAGGCUAUGUCGACGCGCCCGUCCCUCAGCCGGCAAGCAGCAGCUCGAGCACUCGGCAGAGCUUGUCGGACGACGCAGAGUACGAGCAAGCCAUCCGCGCGUCGGUGCAAGAGACGUCGCACGGCAACGCGGAAGAGGAUGCCAUGAUAGAAGCAGCCAUCCGCGAAAGCGUCAGGGUCAUGCGGCAGCGUGGCGGCCUACCCGAGACUGUCCCUGAGUUGCCCGAGAAGGACAUCGGGAGGAACCCGACCAUCUUCGACGACGAGGAGUACCAGAUCACGGACGAGGAGUACCAGUCGCUCAUCGAGAGGGCCAUUCAACAGAGCCUGGUGAAUCACAUGUCCUCCUACACGGCCCUCCCGCAGGAGGAAGGCAUCGUGGAACUGGAUGCCGUGACGACAAACCGCUCCGCCGGCUCUGGCCAGGGCGCUGCGCCUUACCAGCCGACCGAGGAGGAAGACGCCGAGCUGCUGCGGGCAAUCGAAGAGUCCAAGAGGCAGCAGACGCCGACGCAGCCAGAAGACGACGAGGAGCUGAAGCGCGCGAUCGAGGCCUCCAAGGAGCACCUGGAGCACGAGGCUUCCCAGCGGACCGAAGAGGAGAUUGUGCUCGAGUACGUCAAGAAGCAGAGCCUCGCCGAGGAGGAGUACCGGCGGCAGAUUGGCAAGGGCAAGGGGAAGGCCGAGGAGAACCCGCAGGGUGACGACGAGGAUGAGGAGCUCAAGAGGGCGCUGGAGGAGAGCCUGCGGAUGCAUAGGGGAGACGAGUCAGGGCCUUCGGGGUCGAGGGCGCAUGAAGACAUGAAUCAAGAGGCAGAGCGAUGA